GUCCGCGUUAUUAUCAUAUUAUAUGGCCACAGCUGCAGCUGCCGUCUCGCGUACCAGUGUUCUUUUCUCUUAUCACCACCUUGCACCGUACUUGUUAUUCAAUGCUUAUGCGUAAGUCCCGUCGAAAUACCGUAAAAAAUAACGAUAUAUUUUCCGUCCAGAAUAUUUGAUUAUUGACGCGGACAAACGACUCGAAAUCCAUUAACAACGGUACGUACACGUCGUCAUACCGUCAUAGGUAUUGUGACUAUUAGCAUGAAAUGUGGCCGAAACCAUCGCAUGAGUGUCGAGUCGUAAUAACAAUACGCCGUUAUCAAUUCUAAUCUAAUAACACUAGUCGUCAAACCGAGUUUGGCAGGUAAAAAACAACUCUUAUUCGAGUGUUUUGCUCUACUUGUCUCGACCGUAAGCACUUGUCAAUGUCUAAACGACAUCCUUGUUAGUAGUUGUCGUGACUUGGUGUACAGCAAACCGUAUUGGCGAUGUACUGCUAAGAUUUUCUAAUGAAUGCCAAUACUAAUAACAAAAAUGUUUGUUUGGAAAAUAUUCUAAAUAUAUCCAAUGCUUUAUUCUAAUCUGAAACAUUUUAAACUCUGGAUUUAUAAAAUUGAGUUCUUAUUUAAUAGAUUUAAAUAUCCCAAACAAAUAUUAAUGAAUAAAUUAAUUGACAUAAAAAAAUAUGAACAACAAUCUGUCUCUUUGGCUGUUAAAUUAAUUAAUGAGGGUAGUGUUGUUGCACUUCCAACUGACACUGUUUAUGGUCUAGCAACUGAUGCACAAAAUCCAAGUGCUAUAGGCAAACUAUAUAAUAUCAAAGGGCGUAACCUUCAAAAACCAAUAGCUAUAUGCACUCAUCAUGUAAAUGAUAUUGGGAAUUGGGGUGAAACUGGUCACUUACCUUUUGGUCUUUUAGAUGCACUAUUACCUGGGCCUGUAACAGUUGUAUUACAAAGAACACCGUCCUUAAAUAUUGCAUUAAAUCCUGAAGAAUCAAAUAUUGCAAUACGAGUACCAAACAGUGGAUUUGUUUGUAAUAUUGUAAGUGAUCUGAAGAAACCAAUUGCUCUAACUAGCGCUAAUGAGAGUAACAAACCUAGUACAUUAAGACCAAUAGAAUUUUUAAUUUUAUGGCCUAAAUUAGAUGCCAUUUUUGAUGGUGGUACUAUUGGCUCCUCAUUAGAAUCACGCCAAGGUUCUACUAUAAUUGAUUUGACAAUUAAUAACCACUUUAGAGUAAUACGAACAGGAUCUGCACUUUUAAAUACACUACAGAAACUGCAUAAAUUUGGUUUAAAGGAAUUACAAUGAGUAAAUUUUUAAGAAAAAUU